AUGAAACUAACUUGUACGAUAAUAAUAUCAUUCUUUUUGAUAUUAGUUCAAGGAUCUGGAGUUUUACAAGUGAAUGAUGAAAAUUUUAAAGAUGUUGUAAUCAAUUCUGGAAAGUAUACUUUGGUGAAAUUUUAUGCUGAUUGGUGCCGCCAUUGUAAAAACAUGUUACCAGCAUAUGAAGAAGUAAGUGACUUGUUUGCAAAUGAAGAAAAUGUACAAAUCGUUAAAAUCAAUGGUGAUAAGGAUGGUCGUAAAAUGAGCAAAAAGUACAACAUUGAAGGAUUUCCAACGGUGAUGUUAUUUCACGAAAAUGACGAGCCCAUUGAAUUUAACGGAGGUAGAGACGCGGAGUCAAUGAGUAACUUUAUCCAACAGAUAGCAAAUAUACGGUUGGAUAAGUCUGACGAUCUGCAAAAAUCUGAUGGCAAUAAAGAGGAAUCACACGUAUUGGAGUUUAACGAUUUAGACUUUCAAGAAAAAGUGCUUGAUAAUGAAAAGGCAACUUCGCUUGUAGCAUUCACAGCCCUGUGGUGUGGUCACUGUAAAUCUUUGCAACCAAUAUGGGAAAAGUUGGCAAAUGAAAUUUACGUGAACGAUGAUAAAAUAGUAAUCGGUAAAGUUAUCACUGACACUAGCCCAGCCGAUAAAUUGAUGGCGCAAUUUGGUAUCACAUCAUUUCCAACUAUUUUGUACUUUGAUUCAAAUAAAAUAGAUGAAGAUGGAUUAAGAAGACCUGCUAUGUUUUACGGUGAUAGAUCUCUUGAACUGUUUGUUUCUUUCAUUAAUGAGAAUGCUGGAUUACAUCGUGACACAAAUGGUGAAUUGCUAGAAACAGCCGGCAAAAUAAAGAAGUUAGAUGAAUUAAUCAUCGAUAAAUUGCCAAAAGGUGCCAGAAGUGAUGUUGGAUUGGAACUAUUAAGGGAAUUAAAUAAAAUCAUUGCAUUGAGUACAAGUCUGGUAGUUAACAAGGGAGAGAUUAUAUCCACUGCCGAUGAUUUAUCAAUGGGAAAAUAUUAUAAGAAAUUAAUAAACAAAAUGAUUAAUGGAGAAAGUGAAUUUUUCGAAAGGGAAAUUAAUCGUCUAACAAAAAUGCUACAAAACAAUAAACAAAGCUUACAAAAUCAAACGGUCGACUCGAUCCAAAAAAGAUUAAAUGUAUUAAAUGUAUUCGCCAACUAUUAG